UCCAGCUAACGGCUUCCGGCAGCGGCGUCCCGGAGGGGUGGGGGGAGUCGGCGGAGGCGCGUCCGUGUCCUUUGACCCCCCCGGCGGCGACCCUCCCAGACCACCGGGCGGCCCUAGGAUGACGGGCUGCGGGGGCUCCGAGCUGGGGCCGAGGACGGGGGGUGAGGCCGUGGCGGCCCAAGGGCCACCUCCGGAACCCCGCGCCCCGGAGCCGGGCGCCCCGGUGCCCGAGCCGGGCCUGGACCUGAGCCUGACCGCCAGCCCGACCGCGCCGCCCGCGAGCCCCGAGGCGCCGAGGAGCGGCACCCCGCGUCGGCGGAAGGGGCGGGCGGGCCGGCGGGGCGGGGCGCGCCAGGGGCGGCAGGUCCGCUUCCACCUGGCGCCGGCCUCCGCGGACCGGCCCGAGGCCCCGAAGUCGGAGGAGCCCGGGGCGCCGCCGAGUAACCUGGGGGCGCCGGUGCCGCAGAGCAGCCUGGCCCUGGGCCUCGAGCUGGAGGCGGCCCGCGCCGCGGGGAGCCAGUUCGACGCGGCCAAGGCCGUGGAGGAGCAGCUGCGGAAGUCCUUCCAGACCCGCUGCGGCCUGGAGGAGAGCGUGGCCGAGGGGCUGAACGUCCCGCGCUCCCGCCGGCUCUUCCGGGACCUGGUGAGCCUGCGGGUGCCCGCCGAGGAGGUGCUGAACGCCGCGCUGCGGGAGAAACUGGCGCUCCUGCCGCCGCACGCCCGCGCCCCGCACCCCAAGGAGCCCCCCGGGCCAGGGCCGGACAUGACCAUCCUCUGUGACCCCGACACAUUGUUUUACGAGUCCCCGCACUUGACCCUGGACGCCUUGCCCCCCCUCCGGCUGCAGCUUCGGCCUCGUCCGCCAGAAGACACCUUCCUCAUGCACCACACGCUGAGGCGUUGGGAAGCCUAGCCUGGCAGGACUGGCUGGCUUGCCUGUUGGAACUUUUUCAGAAUAAAGUGGUUUUGCUAAUAAA